AUGGCCGUCGCGAGGCUGGUGGCCGCGCCAUUCCCCCUCGCCGCCGCCCGCGCCCGCGGCCCGCGGGCGCGGCUGCCGUUCGCGCCGCUCUCAGCGCGGCCCCUCUCCCGGCGCGCACUUGUGCCCGCUCUGCAGGUGGCGUCGGAGGGCAACGGCGGCGGCCUCGUCCCCGCCCGCCCGGACCAGGAGGCGGAGGACGCGGCGACGGCGCUGGCGCUGGCGCGGGUCGCGGUGUCGGAGCGCGCGGCUAGGAAGGAGUCGGAGCGGCGGACGUACCUGGUGGCCGCGCUCAUGUCCAGCCUCGGCAUCACCUCCAUGGCCGCCGCCGCCGUCUACUACCGAUUCGCCUGGCAAAUGGAGGGCGGCGAGAUUCCGGUGACGGAGAUGCUGGGCACCUUGGCACUGUCCGUGGGCGCCGCGGUGGGGAUGGAGUUCUGGGCGCGGUGGGCGCACCGGGCGCUGUGGCACGCGUCGCUGUGGGACAUGCACGAGUCGCACCACCUCCCCCGCGACGGGCCCUUCGAGCUCAACGACGUGUUCGCCAUCGUCAACGCCGUCCCGGCCAUGGCCCUCCUCGCCUUCGGCUUCUUCAACCGCGGCCUCGUCCCCGGCCUCUGCUUCGGCGCCGGUCUCGGGAUCACGCUGUUCGGGAUGGCCUACAUGUUCGUCCACGACGGCCUGGUCCACCGCCGCUUCCCAGUGGGCCCCAUCGAGAACGUGCCCUACUUCCGGCGAGUCGCCGCCGCGCACCAGAUCCAUCACAUGGACAAGUUCGACAGCGUGCCAUACGGGCUGUUCCUCGGCCCCAAGGAGCUGGAGGAGGUUGGAGGGACGGAGGAGCUGGAGAAGGAGGUGCAGAGGAGGAUCAGGAGGAGGCAGAAAUCAGACGCCAUGCAGUGA